AUGUUGAACAUGAGCCUUGUUAUGAUCACUGAGAAUGUAAAGCUGGCUCGUGAAUAUGCUUUACUGGGAAAUUAUGAUUCUGCAAUGGUCUACUACCAGGGAGUUCUUGACCAAAUUAAUAAGUACCUCUACUCAGUCAGAGAUACGAAUCUGCAACAGAAAUGGCAACAGGUUUGGCAGGAGAUAAGUGUGGAAGCUAAGCAUGUGAAAGAUAUAAUGAAAACACUAGAGAGUUUUAAACUAGACAGUACUCCAUUGAAAGCUUCACAAGAAUUACCAGCUCAUGAUGCAGAAGUGUGGGAAUUAGAUGUACCCCUGGAAAAAAAACCUUCGCCAGGAGCCAGAAAACGUCAGUCUGCUCAGUGCAGUGAUUGCAGAGCUCACAACAAUCGUUUAAGUGCAGCUGUCAGAGGAUCUCACCGUCCAUCCUCUCGAAAUCCCAAUGAGAAAGGGAAGGCAGUCCGCAGCCGGGAAAAAAAGGAUCAGCAAAAUAAAGGAAAAGAGGAGAAGAACAAAUCCACAUCUGAGAUUUCAGAGUCUGAACCAAAGAAAUUUGACAGUACUGGAUAUGAUAAAGACUUAGUAGAAGCUUUGGAAAGAGAUAUAAUUUCUCAGAAUCCCAACAUUAGAUGGGAUGACAUUGCUGAUUUAGUAGAAGCCAAAAAGCUGCUUAAGGAAGCUGUAGUUUUACCAAUGUGGAUGCCAGAGUUUUUUAAGGGAAUUAGAAGACCAUGGAAGGGUGUGCUGAUGGUUGGUCCUCCUGGUACUGGAAAGACCCUCCUGGCAAAAGCUGUAGCUACUGAAUGCAAGACUACUUUUUUCAAUGUUUCUUCUUCAACACUUACCUCAAAAUACAGAGGAGAAUCUGAGAAACUUGUUCGUCUGCUGUUUGAAAUGGCUCGAUUUUAUGCCCCUACAACUAUUUUUAUUGAUGAGAUAGACUCGAUCUGUAGUCGCAGGGGAACCUCAGAGGAGCAUGAAGCCAGCCGACGUGUGAAGGCAGAACUGCUAGUUCAGAUGGAUGGUGUUGGAGGGGCUACUGAAAAUGAUGAUCCUUCUAAAAUGGUCAUGGUACUUGCUGCUACUAAUUUUCCUUGGGAUAUUGAUGAAGCCCUAAGGCGGAGACUAGAAAAGAGAAUUUACAUUCCUUUACCAUCAGCAAAAGGUAGAGAGGAACUCCUAAGAAUAAAUCUACGAGAGCUGGAGCUGGCUGAUGAUGUCGACCUUGCAAAUAUAGCUGAGAAAAUGGAGGGUUAUUCAGGUGCAGACAUUACCAAUGUAUGCAGAGACGCGUCGUUGAUGGCCAUGAGGAGACGCAUUGAAGGCUUGACACCAGAGGAAAUAAGAAAUCUUUCCCGAGAUGAAAUGCACAUGCCAACAACUAUGGAAGACUUUGAAAUAGCUUUGAAGAAGGUUUCUAAAUCUGUAUCUGCUGCGGACAUUGAGAAAUAUGAGAAAUGGAUAGCUGAAUUUGGAUCAUGCUGAGUUGUCUUAUCUUGAAGAAGCCGCCUUACGUCUUAAAAGAGCUCUAGAAGUAAUGAGUAGUGUGUCAGUGCACUGCGUGCUCUUUUUAACUUGUAAUUUAAGAGCAACAGAUGUCUAAAUAAAUUUUUUUGAAAU